UAGAAGAGAACAAACUGUCGCAAAGUUCAGUUUUUACGACCCUCGUUUGACUUUUGACGGUCGUUGUAACGGAUUACGACGGUAAGAAAAUGGCGGAGGAGGAGCGGAGUGCCGAGGCUGAGAAACUCAAGGAGAAGGCGAAUAAUUACUUUAAAGAAAAAGACUACGAGAAUGCAAUCAAGUAUUACACCGAGGCGUUGGAGCUGAAUCCAUCCAAUGCCAUCUACUUCAGUAACCGGAGCCUGGCAUACCUGCGCACCGAGUGCUAUGGCUACGCCCUGGCAGAUGCCACCCGUGCCCUGGAGAUCGACAAGAACUACAUCAAGGGCUAUUACCGUCGCGCAACCUCCAACAUGGCGUUGGGCAAAUUCAAGGCCGCGCUGAAAGAUUACGAGACGGUAGUGAGAGUGCGACCCAACGACAAGGACGCCAAGCUGAAAUACCAAGAGUGCAACAAGAUAGUAAAGCAGAAGGCCUUCGAGAGAGCCAUCGCCAGUGACGAACUGAAACGAUCAGUAGUGGAUUCGUUAGACAUCGAGAACAUGACGAUUGAGGAUGAGUAUAUAGGCCCUAAACUGGAGGACGGAAAGGUCACGUCGCAGUUCAUGAAGGAGCUGAUGGAAUGGUUUAAGGACCAGAAGAAACUCCACAGGAAGUGUGCUUACCAGAUCCUGGUUCAAGUAAAAGACGUUUUAUCCAAAUUACCGAGUCUUACUGAAACGGUGUUAAAAGAGACAGAAAAACUAACCAUUUGUGGGGACACGCACGGCCAGUACUACGACCUCCUGAACAUCUUCGAGCUGAACGGCUUACCGUCUCCGACCAACCCAUACCUGUUUAACGGCGACUUCGUGGACCGUGGUUCUUUCUCAGUAGAGGUCAUUCUCACGCUCUUUGGUUUCAAGCUCCUUUAUCCGGACCACUUCCACCUACUGAGAGGUAACCACGAAACAGAUAACAUGAAUCAAAUGUACGGCUUUGAAGGCGAAGUCAAGGCCAAGUACACGGCGCAGAUGUUCCAGUUGUUCAGUGAGGUCUUUCAGUGGCUUCCGCUCGCUCAGUGCAUCAACAACAAAGUGCUGGUGAUGCACGGAGGACUGUUCAGCGAAGACGGCGUGACCUUAGAUGAUCUCAGAAAGAUCGACAGAAACAGACAGCCUCCAGACUCGGGUCCCAUGUGCGAUCUCCUGUGGUCAGAUCCUCAGCCGCAGAACGGACGGUCUAUCAGCAAGCGUGGCGUGAGCUGUCAGUUCGGUCCUGACGUCACCGAGCGUUUCCUGGAACAGAACAAGCUGCAGUACAUCGUGCGCAGUCACGAGGUGAAGGCCGAGGGCUACGAGGUCACUCACUCAGGGAAGUGCAUCACGGUGUUCUCCGCACCCAACUACUGUGACCAGAUGGGUAACAAAGGAGCCUACAUUCACCUCAGGGGAUCUGACCUCAAGCCCGAAUUCCACCAGUUCACUGCUGUGCCUCAUCCGAAUGUUAAGCCCAUGGCGUAUGCCAACUCGCUCAUGCAGUUGGGAAUGAUGUAGAGGCUCCAAGCCGUCACUCUCUCAAGUCCACACCGGUCCCUCCAGACACGUCACACUCGUCAUUCCCUUUUUUUUUUUUUUUCUUUUUUUUUCCCCUCACAAGGAAUCAAGUCUUCUAACGCACACAACCGCUCAGUGAUCAGACUCUUCUGUGGAAACCUGUCAAGUGUUCCUAGCUGGAAUAAUGAAAACAAAACAGGAUCUCUGUUGCUACUCCGUUUAAUUUCUGGACGCGUCAGUCUGUUUUCCCCUCAGUCCAGUAUUAGCAGUCUGAGCUAUUAGAACACAGCGAUCUGGAUCGUACCAAAGACCCGGGGUCACGUGUAGCAAACGGCUUGUAGAAAGAUAGUAGAGGGUGUCUUACUUUUUCUCUUUUCUUCUCUUCUCUUUUUUUUCUGCACCCUGGCGUUAGAACGAACGCGGCCGAGCCGUCGACGCGUUACGAUCCCGAACCAGGAACGUAAAGUGUCCUGCUGUGUAAACUCGCAUUUGUCACGCUUCAUCGUGAGGGACGACCGUGUGUUUGUAUGUGAUUCUGUAGCGGUGAAAUCAUCCUGUGCUACUCGGGGCUUUGUAAUCAACUGCCGUCAUGCGUACGUACGUCUCUCUGUAUCGUAGAGCCGGACCGAGUCGGGUUCGUUUGUAUUAGCUUCUAUCCACCGUAUAAACGAGACAACUUUACAGCCUAAACUUCUCCACCCUGUAGUUCCUCCACCGUUUAACUCUCUCCACACGUUUCUUCAGUAUUGUGACGCUCCACCGUCGCCGCGCUCCGAUCUGUCGGCAGCACCAGCCCCUGUUUUUAUUACCCACUUCGCUCGACCGAGGUGCACUGGAGGUAGCUGUAGUCUUCUUUCCCCGUCGUACGAUUGUUCAGCUUAAAUCCGCCUCCGGGAUGCCCCACCUUCCUGCCCCGCCUCCCUGUCAGUGUGGAUUUGUGAUGGAACAUGACCGAUGUUUAGAAACGCACAGCAGCCAUACCCCAUACCCUUGACUUUUUAGAUGACGUAAUAUACACAAAUGUGUAUGUAUAUACAGUAUAUACUGUAACAAUACAAUUCCUGUGUACAUGUUUGGAAAAAAAUAUUGAAUAAAAAAAAAAAAACAAGCUCCA